CACACGCACACACACUCUUUCGCACUCUCUCUCUCUCUCACAGAUCGGAGAAUCUCUUUCUGAGCCCUAAUCUAUAGAGUUGUUGUUCUCACCGUGGCCUGUUCAGAUCUCUGAGAUCUAUAAUCCUAUAAACUGAAGUAAAGAUUUGAUUUUUAGUAUUUGGAGUUUGGAGAUAUUGCGAACUAAAUGGGAACAAUGCACCGCAGUGGUGCUCCUCGAAGAACGAAUGAGAAUGCAAAGGUUAUUAUCACAACUAUUUUGGGAAUAGUCUUUGGGACUUUUAUUGGUAUCACAUUACCAUCAGUUUCUUUUAAGAUUAACUUACCUUCGGGCUUUAUGUCAUCUCUUGAUGGUAAAUUGUUAUCUGGUGACAAGUCCCCUGAAGAUUUCGGUUCAAGAAAGUUCCCUGAGAUAUAUGUUCCAACCAACCCGCGCGGUGCAGAGGUACUACCUCCGGGAAUUGUUGUGGCGAAGACUGAUUUUUACUUGCGUAGAUUAUGGGGAGAACCUAAUGAAGAUUUGAAGAAGAAGCCAAAAUAUCUUGUGACAUUUACAGUUGGGUUUGACCAAAGGAACCAUAUUAAUGGAGUUGUUAAGAAGUUUUCUGAAGAUUUCCAAAUUUUGCUCUUCCAUUAUGAUGGCCGGACAACUGAAUGGGAUCAGUUUGAGUGGUCAAAGAACGCCAUUCAUAUUAGUACAAGAAAGCAAACAAAAUGGUGGUUCGCGAAGAGAUUUUUGCAUCCUGAUGUUGUGUCAGCUUACGAGUACAUAUUUAUAUGGGAUGAAGAUCUUGGAGUGGAGCACUUCAAUGCGGAUAAGUAUAUUGAGUUAGUUAAGAAGCAUGGUUUAGAGAUUUCUCAACCAGGCCUAGAGCCUAAUAAUGGACUCACUUGGGAAAUGACGAAGAGGAGAGGUGACCGAGAGGUCCACAAAGAUACUAAAGAAAAGCCUGGAUGGUGUAAAGAUCCACAUUUACCUCCAUGUGCUGCAUUUGUUGAAAUAAUGGCUCCUGUAUUUUCACGAGAAGCAUGGCGAUGUGUGUGGCAUAUGAUUCAGAACGAUCUUGUUCAUGGAUGGGGUCUCGACUUUGCGCUUAGAAGAUGCGUAGAACCUGCUCAUGAAAAGAUUGGGGUUGUGGAUUCGCAAUGGAUCAUACAUAAAGUGAUACCGUCACUUGGAAGUCAAGGUAAGUCAGAGAAUGGGAAAGCUCCAUGGCAAGGAGUGAGAGAGAGAUGCAAAAAGGAAUGGACCAUGUUUCAGAACAGAUUAGCAGAUGCUGAUAAAGAGUACCUUGGGAGAACGGUCAAAGGAUAAAAAAAUUAGCUUUUUUUUUUUUUACCUUUUACAUAAUUAUUAUCAAAAACCUUACUCUUGUAUAUCAAACCCCAACAUUUUACCCUAAUUAGGUUUUGAUAGGGCAUAUGUGAAAAAAAAAAACUUUAUAUUUGAUAUUGUAUGAGAUUUAUACUUUUGAUGUUGUUUACA